AUGGAUCUAUCAUGGUGCCCAGCCUGUGACAGGCAGUUUUUUGUUACAAAUUCAUUGUAUUGUAGCGAAGAAUGUCGACACAAAGACGCCUUAUCUACAUCACCUUGCUCAACGCUGCCCCACUAUGGUUUCUCGCGAUGCUCCUCUCCGAAAUUCGCUCACUCUCCACUCGCGUCUCCCUCUUGGUCUCUAUUAAGAAACCCGCCCGCAUCAAUAACAUGUGAUUCAUUAAAGAUUGAUAGUCAUUUUCGAAAAGAUGAGCCGUCCACUUUGCCCGAGGGAGUUUUGCUGCUGGGUCGUCGUAACGCAAUUGAAUGCAAUCCGCACGGAGAAGCGGCACCACACGUAUCUUUUACUUUAAUUAAUGCGAGCGCUGUUACUACCGCUACCGAGACGACAUUCACUACAAUAACUGUCGAGACUAGAGAAAUACAAGUCGGAUUAGCCGGUCUACCGAUUAGAAAGAAACAAUCGUUCAUCAAAAGUGCCUGGAGCAUGUUCUUUGCCUAG